GCAUACAUUUAUAUUUAAUAUACAUACACAAUGUAAUAGUAAUAUUUAUAGUGUAAUGUUGGAUGUACCAAUUCGUGAAUAAAUGGGACAUCAAUGUAUACACGUUAAACAUUUAUUUAGAACUCCAUUCAAAAUAUUGUAACUAUCAGUUUUAAUAAACAAGUUGAAUAUUGUAAUUGUCACGUAAUGUAAUCUAUUAAAAUGUAUCGCGCAAAUCAAAAUGGGCAACCUCAAAGGGCAAACACCGAACCCAUUCAUCAAAAUCGAGUCAAUGGAAGACAGCCUCCCCAAAUAAAUGUUCCAAUGACAGUCUCUGAGCAAUUUAGAGAGUCAUGGCUCACUGCUAUCAUUGGACUUAUUAUGUUUGCAACUGGCAUGUGCCUUUUAUUUUGGAAUGAGGGAAGAGCAGUGAAAGUAGCACAUUCUUUAGAUGAAGCUUUGCGUAAUGUAGCAGUACUUCCAAAUUCAAUGAAAGUAUUACCUGAAUAUGAAGGACGUUUGAUAUAUUUAUCAGGAGCUUUAAAAAUAUCAGAACCAUUAACUGAACCUGAUUAUGGAGUAAUUGUAUCAAGUGUGAAAUUAAAACGCAGAGUUCAAAUGUAUCAGUGGGUUGAGAUAGAAGAAGAAAGAAGUUUUGGUGGAGUGACAGAGGAAGAGAAACAUUAUUAUUAUACAACUGAAUGGAAGGAUAAACUUGUUGAUUCUGAUCAUUUUUACAUCCGAACUGGUCAUCAUAAUCCAAAAGAAAUGCCUAUUAAAAGUCAGGUGCAAAUUGCAGAUGAAGUUAAAAUUGGAGCAUUUACUCUGGGAACUGAGUUAAAAAAAAGAUUCAAUGAUUUUGUAGAAGUUACUAGUGAUGAGAGACCAGAACGUAAAGAUAUUAAAAUGCAUUCUGGUUUGUACUAUCACAGUGCUGAUUUAUGGAACCCACAGGUAGGGGAUAUACGCAUACAAUUUUCGUAUGCAGGGAAAGGGGGAGAUUUAUAUUCUAUAGUUGGUAUGUUACAAAAGGGAACUAUUGUACCGUAUGUUGCAUCACAUGGAGAAGAAAUUUUACUCCAAAGAAAGCAUAAAAUGUCAGUAGAUCAAAUGUUUCAUCUAGAACAUGUACACAAUUAUUGGCGUACAUGGAGUAUUAGAGGACUUGGCUGGCUGGUUUUAUUUUUAGCAGCAACGUGUUUAGCAAAUAUAUUGAGAACAGUAAUUUUAAAUUCUACGUUCUUGUGUGGAAUUAUUGCAGUUGAAUCUUUAACAAUGUCGGUAUCUAUGUCUAUUAGUUUAUUAGUAAUUGGUUUUGCUUGGGUGUGGUAUCGACCAGUAAUAGGUCUUUGUCUAGCGUUAGCAUCAAUUUUACCAUUUAUUUAUUCAACUUUAACAUCAGGAUCUCAAUCGCAACAGCGUGAUAAUUAUAGAAGACUGUAAAUUUUAUUUGCGUGUAAAUAUAUAAACCUAUAAAAUUUC